GUUUAAUCUUCACAACCACUCUAUGAGAGUAGGUACUAUUGUAACCCACGAGGAAACUGAAGGUUAACAAAUAACUUGUGAUUGGUGCUGCAGUACUUUGAAACCUUUUCUUUUUAGUCUUGUUAUGUUUGCACUUCAUACAUUUGCAGGAUUACCACAUCUUUGCAAAAGAUUACUUCUGUCAGGUUUCAGCAAUAGGUUAUUGUAAAUUUUAGCUUUGAUUACCUCUACAAGGCAGUGAUAGAUUUUGGGAUAAGUAAAGGUCCCAGGAGUAGUGUUUCAGUCUAACUCUUCAUUAGAAAAAUUUGGAACAAAUGAUAGGUGUUGGUUAGGCACACUGGUGGUAUUUUAUAAAUCCCCUAUUUCUAAGAGGAAUGGUUUUUUUUUUUUUUUCUCAUCUUAAUGUGUUGACAUUGUGUGCAUUUAGUAUGGUAGCAUUUCCCUUCAAAAAAGUGGUUAUUUAGGUAUAGGUGUGCCUUUUAAUCAAUUGAUGAUGUCUAGAAACAAGAAAAUACAGUAGUGUUUUGACCAUUUGACUUUAUUUUUUAGCUAGUAAGCGCUAUCAGUGUGCCUUUCUUAGCCCCAUACAUAGUCUUUGCAUAUUCAGUACUAAGAGCUAGAUUUUCUUUUAGCCGGCUAAGAUUGGAGUUGCUAUGGGUUCUGAGACUUGACUUUGUAUCCUCACUCUUCUUUUUAGACUUCUCUUGAUCACUCAGAAACAGAAGUACCGCAUUACGCGUUUUGCCUUACUAGCUACUACUAAUUUAGUGAAUCAGCUAGUUGAAGAGGACCUGUGUGAUUACAUUGAGCCCACCUGGAUAAUGCAGGAUAACCUCCCAGUGUCAAAAUCUUUGACUCCAUCAUGUCUGCACAAUCUCUCUUGUCAGCUUUUCCUAAAAGGAUUCCAGAACACCUUAGAAGUGCUUGAGGAAGAGUGAUAAAGGCAAGCAUGAAGCCUUCGUCUCAAAGCUGCAUGUGUAGUUACUGUUGAAGCAAUGCCUACCUAAUUUGACAGUCUUGGUGUGUUUAAAAUUUUUUGAGUUUGCAAAUAAUCAUAUUAAGUCUACUGAUGGAGCCCUCGGGCAGUGAACAGUUAUUUGAGGACCCUGAUCCUGGAGGCAAAUCCCAAGAUGCAGAGGCCAGAAAGCAGACAGAAUCAGAACAAAAGUUGUCUAAAAUGACCCACAAUGCUUUGGAGAACAUUAAUGUGAUUGGCCAAGGCUUGAAGCAUCUCUUCCAGCACCAGCGCAGGAGGUCAUCAGUGUCUCCGCAUGAUGUGCAACAAAUUCAGGCAGAUCCAGAACCCGAAAUGGAUCUGGAAAGCCAGAACGCGUGUGCUGAGAUUGAUGGUGUCCCCACCCACCCCACAGCUCUGAAUCGUGUCCUGCAGCAAAUCCGAGUGCCACCCAAGAUGAAGAGAGGGACGAGCUUGCAUAGUAGGCGGGGCAAGCCAGAGGCCCCAAAGGGAAGUCCCCAAAUCAACAGGAAGUCUGGCCAGGAGAUGGCAACUGUUAUGCAGUCUGGCCGACCCAGAUCUUCAUCCACCACUGAUGCUCCUACCAGCUCCACUGUGAUGGAAAUAGCUUGUGCUGCUGCUGCUGCUGCUGCUGCGUGUCUGCCAGGGGAUGAGGCAUCUGCAGAACGGAUCGAGCGGUUGGAAGUAAGCAGCCUCGCCCAGACUUCCAGUGCGGUGGCCUCCAGCACCGAUGGCAGCCUCCACACAGACGCUGUGGAUGGAACACCAGACCCUCAGCGCACAAAGGCUGCUAUUGCUCACUUGCAGCAGAAGAUCCUGAAGCUCACAGAACAAAUCAAGAUUGCACAAACAGCCCGGGACGACAACGUUGCCGAGUACCUGAAGCUUGCCAACAGUGCGGACAAGCAGCAGGCCGCCCGUAUCAAGCAGGUCUUUGAGAAGAAGAACCAGAAAUCUGCCCAGACCAUCCUCCAACUACAAAAGAAGCUUGAGCACUACCACAGGAAGCUCCGAGAGGUGGAACAGAAUGGGAUCCCCCGGCAGCCAAAGGACGUCUUCAGGGACAUGCACCAGGGUCUGAAGGAUGUGGGAGCAAAGGUGACUGGCUUCAGUGAAGGUGUAGUGGACAGUGUUAAAGGCGGACUCUCCAGCUUCUCCCAGGCAACCCAUUCAGCAGCAGGGGCCGUGGUCUCUAAGCCCAGAGAGAUCGCUUCACUAAUUCGGAAUAAGUUUGGCAGUGCAGACAAUAUCCCUAACCUGAAGGACUCUUUAGAGGAAGGGCAAGUGGAUGAUGCGGGAAAGGCUUUGGGAGUAAUUUCAAACUUUCAGUCCAGCCCCAAAUAUGGUAGUGAGGAAGAUUGUUCUAGUGCCACGUCAGGCUCGGUGGGAGCCAACAGCACCGCUGGAGGCAUUGCUGUAGGAGCGUCCAGCUCCAAAACAAACACCCUGGACAUGCAGAGCUCAGGAUUUGAUGCACUACUACAUGAGAUCCAGGAGAUCCGGGAAACCCAGGCCAGACUAGAGGAAUCCUUUGAGACCCUCAAGGAGCAUUAUCAGAGGGACUAUUCAUUAAUAAUGCAGGCCUUACAGGAGGAGCGAUAUAGAUGUGAACGAUUAGAAGAACAACUAAAUGACCUGACAGAGCUCCACCAGAAUGAAAUUUUGAACUUGAAGCAGGAAUUGGCCAGCAUGGAAGAGAAAAUUGCAUAUCAGUCCUAUGAACGGGCUCGGGACAUCCAGGAGGCCCUGGAGGCGUGCCAGACCCGCAUCUCCAAGAUGGAGUUGCAGCAGCAGCAGCAGCAGGUGGUGCAGCUGGAGGGGCUGGAGAAUGCCACUGCCCGGAACCUCCUGGGCAAACUCAUCAACAUCCUCCUGGCCGUCAUGGCGGUCCUCCUGGUCUUUGUCUCCACGGUGGCCAACUGCGUGGUUCCCCUCAUGAAGACUCGCAACAGGACGUUCAGCACUUUAUUCCUUGUGGUUUUCAUUGCCUUUCUCUGGAAGCACUGGGAUGCCCUCUUCAGCUACGUGGAGCGGUUCUUUUCCUCCUCCAGAUGAUGCUGGCACAAGAAGGCAGUGCUCCCCUACCCUCUGGCGAGUGCAUGCGGUGAAGAAUUAGACAGCAACUUACCUACUCUGAAGUUUUCUACAACAACAAAAGAGUUGAGUGAAUCUGUUUACAUUUAGAAUAAUGUUUUUUUCUUCAAAAGACACAAUUGCAAUAGUAUUUUUUAGAUUUUAUCCAAGAAGUUUUUUGGGCAAAAAUCUUGGAUCAUUUUUAUGUAGCAUGAUUUUCCUUGGGAUGCAGAUCUUAAACAGUCCUUUAACAUGAACCAACAAUCUGGAGCACACUGCAGGGCAUUCUAAAUUGUGGCUUGAAGGACUGCACUAAAAUCCACUAAAAAGAUGCGAAAACCUGAUUAGGGAAACCGGUUAAACCUAACACCCUGCCUUGUCUGGGCUCACCACCUCUCCCCGUCCCAGACUAACUUUACUGUGAAGUCCUACCACAUUCCAUGUCUGAAUUUCUGGAUUCAGGGUGGAUUUUCCUUGUCCGUGGAAGAACACAUGGAUCUCCCUGGCUUUCUCACCCAAGUUGGCCACUCAUGGUAACCCUGGAAGUAUGAUCACUUUUGAACCUGGUCCCGUCACCUUUGCUAGGAUACACAAGUGAGAGCACCAUGCCCCAAAGGAUCACUGCACAGUCCUCCUACAGUAUUUUGAAGUAGCCCUCUAAAUACUUAACUUUAAGCAAAUCCCAUGGCCGCACUUUUAAGGUUUUUUUAAAUAUGUGUAUAGUCACCGAUUUUAAAAAAAAAAUCUGAACAGCAUACUUGAAGAAUGUAAUACUCAAACUCUCAGUGCUUCCUUAUGGUUUCUAAUAGGAUUUUUUAUUAUUGUUAUUAUUAUUAUUGGGUUUUUUUGGAAAGGGUUGGGAGGGUCUUUUAUUUUUUCCUUUGAAAUAAAGAAGUGAUGUUUUUAAAUGAA